UUCAUUCCCAACUUCAAUAACAGUAUCAAACAAUAUCUUACUAUUGCAAAUUCAUUACACGUUUAAGAUGAUGUGGCGUUGAAGCAAACCGUAUGUUUCGAUGAGUUUGUGGAUAAUUUGAUUUCAAAACUCUAAGAAACCAAACCCUCAACAACCGCAAAUCUUCAGCAGAAAUGGGAGACUUGAAUGCUCUCUCCCAUGGCUACAACGUAACGGCAGUCACAUUUAACCCUAUCGGUUUCAACCAUAAUCGUAUUUCCUUCAAUAAUGUCGCAAUUCGUAGUUGUAUCCCGUUUGAAUCGCGUAAAUCUACCAAUAUUGCUCCAUUAUCUGUUUGGACGCCCAAGUUUCUCGGGAUGAAACGGAGGAAGAAAUCCAUACCUCGUUCGUCGUCUUCAACAACGUCUCCGGCAGAUCCACCGGUUACUCCUCCACCUCCUCCACAACAAUCGACCAAAACAGAGGAGAAUGUGCCAAGAAAGGGCCCCGAUCUGCCCACGCUUUUCAGGAGAUUCUACAAAGUUGCUGCUCCAUAUUGGUAUUCAGAUGAUAAAGUUCAAGCCAGAAUACAACUGGCGUCGGUGUUUGCCCUGACUUUAGGAACCACCGGCAUCAGUGUUGGUUUCAAUUUCCUCGGUCGCGACUUCUAUAAUGCCCUUUCUAACAAAGAUCAAGCACAGUUCACCACGCAACUUACAUACUACCUUGCUGCUUUUGCUGGUGGAAUUCCGAUUUUUGUGUUAAGAGAUUAUGCAAGAGAAACUCUAGCUUUAAGGUGGAGAUCCUGGAUGACAAACUAUUACAUGGAGCGCUAUCUCAAGAACCAAACUUUUUACCAAAUACAGUCCCAAUCAAUCAUUGAUAAUCCAGAUCAACGAAUUGUUGAUGAUCUAAGUUCUUUCACAGGAACAUCACUUUCAUUCUCUUUAACACUCUUCAAUGCCAUAAUAGACCUGAUAUCUUUCAGCAACAUACUGUUUGGCAUAUAUCCACCUCUUUUUAUUGUUCUUAUAGUAUAUUCACUUGGUGGAACAGCCAUCAGCAUUUUCCUUGGGAAGGGUCUUGUCAACUUGAAUUUCAUGCAAGAGAAAAUGGAAGCAGAUUUUCGUUAUGGUCUUGUACGUGUUCGAGAAAAUGCCGAAUCAAUUGCAUUUUAUGGUGGCGAGGAAAAUGAAAUCAAACUCCUUUUGCAGAGGUUCCGAAGUGCUUUUGAGAAUCUAACUCAACUGUUGAUAUCUUCAAGAAAUCUUGAGUUUUUCACGAGUGGGUAUCGCUACCUGAUUCAGAUUCUUCCUGCUGCUGUUGUUGCACCCAUGUAUUUCUCUGGAAAGAUUGAAUUUGGUGUCAUAAAUCAGUCUGUUUCCGCCUUCAAUCAUAUUCUUGGAGAUUUUUCCCUCAUUGUGUUUCAAUUUCAAUCCAUCAGUGCCUUUUCAGCUGUCAUUGAUCGACUAGGGGAAUUCGAUGAUGUUUUGGACUCAACAAGUUCUAAUGGUACUUUGGAAGCCAUGGAUGAGAUUCAACUAACAUAUUGCAACGUGAAGGAUUUAUCCGAGUCCAUGAAAGCUUCAGACACCCAAAACUUGUUGGAACUCGAGAAUUUAAGUGUACAAACUCCCACAAAUAAAGCGCUUCUUAUCAGAGAUUUAUCACUUGAAAUCCACGAGAAUGAACAUUUACUGAUAACCGGACCAAGUGGGAGUGGCAAAACCUCUUUAUUAAGAGCUAUUGCUGGUCUUUGGAGAACUGGAAGUGGAAAGAUUACAUUUUAUGCUAAAUACAACACAAAUCUUAAUCAGACCAUAAUAACAGAUGAAAAUAAAGAUGAUAAAAAAUCAAAAUACCGGGAUUUUAAAGGCGUAUUUUUCCUUCCCCAAAGACCAUACAUGGUUUUAGGAACCCUCAGACAACAGUUGCUUUAUCCAACAUGGCCCGAUGUUUCAGAUUCCACACCACACGACUCUCAGUCAAAAGAUUCGGAGCGUGUUAGCGAACGGGCCCCACAGCCUACUACAGAUGAAUUGAUCCGAGCUUUAGAAGAUGUACAUCUUGGGUACUUGGUGUCACGUUUUAGUGGUCUUGAUACAACCAAUGAAUGGUCGAGUGUUCUUUCACUCGGUGAGCAACAACGUCUUGCAUUUGCACGUUUGUUGCUUUCAAAACCAGAUCUUGUUCUCUUGGAUGAAUCCACCAGUGCCCUUGAUGAACCCAACGAGGCUCAUUUGUAUGAAAAAAUAAAUGAAGCGGGUGUGACAUAUAUAAGUAUUGGCCACAGGAGUAGCCUUACCAAAUUCCAUAAAAAGGCGUUACGUAUCUCCCCCAUGCCUCUCCACUCUAACCACCCAAAUUGGUGUGUAGAAUCCUUGUAACAAGUUGUUUUCAGUUUCAUAAAGCUAAUAAUAUAAUAACAACAUAACAUUCAUGCCUUUA